AGAAGACAGGUCGGCACUUCGCUUCCUCUUGUUAGCUCCAACACUCGCCCUAGAGGUUAGAAGCUAAAAGUUGUUGCUGUUAUCAUGGCAAGCGGAAUGAUCACUACGGAUGUGCCCGAGACAGUGUCAAAGGAGUUGAUGGUGAACAUUUGUCGUCUGGAAAGUGCCAUAGAACAGCUGAACCAAGUUAGGAAAGACCUUCAGAAAAAUUCACAUCAGGUGAAAUGUCAGAUUCAGUCGACAGUGAGUCGUGAGUUGGAGGCGUUGAGGAGCCGUGAGGUGUGGCUACUUAGUCAGGUGGACCUGUUACAGAAUGUGAAGGAGGAGAUACUGAGCGGUCAGCAGGCUCAGAUCAAUCAGGCCCUGGGCAGUGCUCACAGGGUGCUACAGUACGUCACAUCAGACAAUACCCAGCUGAUGGAGGAACUCACUCGCAAUAUGACCAGACUGGAGUUGACUGAUCUCGAGCCAGAGGAGAGUUCUCAGAUCAGUUUUCAAGCUGAUGCGGCUGGAUUACGAGACACCAUCAUGGAGUUUGGUAGAGUUGAAGCCGGGAACAAAGCACUGCAGAAGGUGUUUGCUGACACCUACACUCCCUCAGCUAGCCUGCCCAAAUCUUUUGAGGAAUAUGACGAUGCUGAUCAUCAUGUGCUGUAUAAAACACUGGAGGAGGUGAACAGAGGGAAAAGCUCCAGUUCUAGUAUCCGGGUUAACAUCCCAAAGCUGAAGCCCGAAGAUUGGUUAAUCCAGCCUGCACAGAGUAGUGCUGGGGUGACUGAGAAGAAACCAGCCAAGAUAGCCUUCCCGACCCUCAGUAAUAACAUUAGUGACUGGCUGCUGUCAGGGAAUGGGGGGUCAGAGUGCGGAAAAGGGCCUGCCCAGAAGUCAAAACCUCCCCUCACCCGGGAUAAGAGUAUACAAGACUGGCUGCUCCAGAUUAAGCAUUUUCCCCACACCCACGAUGAAGAGGAUGACUUUGAGAUUGUGGAACAUGUCACUAUAUCAGAUGCCAGCGACUCCGGUAUGGAUGCACCAUCCUCUUGUAGUACGCCUGCUGUGGUCACCCCCGGCAUCAGUCCAGUCCACUUUACACAGGUCACCCCUGAUACACUGAGUGCCUGGCUCUGUGGCGGCGUUGCUGCUCCCUCUUCCUGUCACCUUGAUGACCACAAUGAACUCUUCCAUGGAUUCAAACAUUGUGCUUCUGAUACAGAAGGCUGGUUGUUAAACAAGGGGAUUUGUAGCCUGAGGUGCAGCCAGAGCCCUACUGAGCCUGUGGAGAUAGAGAGCCUGGGGUCCCUAGUAUGUGCGUCAGACAGGAACAUAUUCACACAUCAAUCUGAUGACCACAAGCGCUGGUUGCUUCAGGACAUCUGUCGUGUACCCCCUGUCACACAGGUGUGUAAGGCUAACGAGCCCUGUCAGGGUCACGGCCACUGCCUUAGCUCACCCAGUUGUGGGGAGGAGUUCCUUGUGUCCACACACCCUGAACAGGUCUGGUUAAUCAACACAGGAGUGCACGCAGACAACAAACAGCCAGCAUUCUCACCCAUCAGAAAUGCGUCCAGGAACAUGUCUGAUUGGCUGGCCAGUAAUCAAUCAGUCGACUGUACAGGAAAUAUAGAUAAAAGUGCCUUUACAAGCUGGUUUGCCACUGCCUCUAAUAACUACACAGAUUGGCUGGCAACCAAUGAGUCUGUGGAAACAGAUGUUACCGCGACAGAACCUGACAAAGUGUUCAGCUCUGAUGAACUGGACUUUUGGCUGAUGAAGCUGCAAAUAACUGAUAGUCAUAUAUCUGCUGCUCCUGUCAGCUUUUCUACCUUUGAGGCCUUCCACAAGAAUUUGUCACCAGCCUCUUGGCUGCUGUAUUUUGACGAGAAUCUGGAGAAUUCCAAAGUUGACAUUGAAGAGUUUGAACUUGAGAAGAAAGACCUUGUAUCAGAGAAGACAGAAAUGAGCAAAUGGCUUUUAAAUGGUGGCAACUUGAAUCUUGAACCCACUUGCUCACCCAAAGUCAACCCGAUCCCAGAUCUAGGAGAGUGGCUAAUGGAUCAGAAUGUUUGUUGAGUCUACAGUGCAACUCCAGUCAUAUGUACACCUUACAUAAUAUAAAGAUGGUUGCCAUAAUGGUGCAGUGGCUUGUU